CAUACAAAUUUAGGGUGAGGUGAUGAGCAUAAAGAUACUAGGUGCCUACCAUAACGAUACUAGGUGCCUACCAUAACGAUACCAGGUGCCUACUAUAACACGAUGUCGUCUGUGGUGUCUCAAUAUGUUACUAAAAUUAUCUGUGGAAAUCAAGGAUGUUUGGACUUUAAGCAGCUUGACCAGAUCGUUGGUCAAAAGUUCACUUGUGCAAAUGAGGUCCUACUUGGAAUACUUCGUGACAGCAGAAAAUAUGCCAUCAGUGAAGGCAAAGAAAAGGCUUCGGGUUGUGUUAUGAGCCAGGACAGUGUUAUUGUUGCUAAGACUUCACUACGAGUCUGUCAAACCUCUCAUAAAGAGUGUCAUCAGUGCGAUCAUUUACACAUAUGCAGCCACUUUGUAUGCGGUAACUGCAAGUACGGGAACAAGUGCAAAAAGGCCCACAGUCUAGAUUGCCCACACAACGCAGCUAUUAUAAGUGAGGUGGGUCACCAUGACCUGGGGGAGGCAGAGCUGUUCCAACUUCUGCUGCAGAACGACCCCUACCUGAUGCCUGAGAUCUGCUCCCAUUACAACAAGCGCGUUGGUGAGCAUGGCAUCUGCAAGUUUAAAAGCAGCUGCACAAAACUCCACCUCUGCCUGCACUUCCUCCAGGGUGACUGUAGGUUUGGUGCUGGUUGUAAGAGGGCCCACACGUUCGAUGCCCCUGCAAUGAAGAUUCUAAACAGCAGAGGAUUCAGCCAAGAGAAUAUCAAGAUCCUCCACAAUAUCUACAAGAAUAAAUUCAUCAUAACUCACCAAGAAAAUACAGCUGCUGUAGCACCCUCCCUUGCUCCAGUCAUGAUGCCAGUUGAGAAUCAUCAGCCCUCCUCCAGCUCCACCAGUGAGACUGACAGGAAUGAAAUCUGCCUCUUCUUCAUCCGCAGUCGCUGCAGCUUCAAAGACACAUGUGUCCGUGUCCACUACCAUCUGCCUUACAAAUGGCAGAUCUUAGAUGGAGUGACUUGGAGAGACCUGGACAAUGUAGAGGAGAUUGAGAAGGCCUACUGUAACCCACAAAAUGACACAAGUGGAGGAAGUAAGCCUGUGAACUUCCUCACCAUGACAUGUGGAAGCCCUCCAGUUCGUCGUCUGUCCACUGUUUCAUCCGUCACCAAACCCCCUAACUUCAUCCUCACAACAGAAUGGCUGUGGUACUGGAGACAUGACUGUGGCCAGUGGAUAGAGUAUGGCCAUGAGGGUGGUGAGGGGAAUGUGACCUCUGUCAUUUCCCAGACCCUGGAGAAUGCUUACCAAACUGACUCUGACAGCGAGAUUCCAUUUGAAUCUGGAGAUCAGAAGUACAUUCUCAGUCUCAAAGAGAUGCAUCAGCAGAAUAUUAGAUUUAAAACCAAAAGAGCAAUUUGUAGAAGGCCCUGUUUUCUCUCUAAGGAAGAUGUGAAUGACAAGCUGAAGAGUGAGUCUAAGGAGAGCUCCAGCUCCUCUGUGACUGUCCCUCCACACUGGGACAAAGGAGUCUUGUCUGACGCCACAGACUACAAGCUGGUUCCACUCUCAAGCCAGAUAGAAGAGUACCAAAAGUUGGAGAAGCUAUUCAAAAAUACCAUGGCCAGCAGCACCAUCCACAGCAUCAAACGGAUCCAGAACCCCUCACUCUGGAGGGUCUUCCAGUGGCAGAAGGAACAGAUGAUGAAGAAGAAUGGCGGGAAACUGGUUGAUGAGAGAGAAUUGUUCCACGGCACAGAUCACUCUAUCAUAGAUGUCAUCUGUGAACAGAACUUUGACUGGAGGACCUGCGGUGUGAAUGGAACACUUUAUGGCCUAGGGAGCUACUUUGCUAGAGAUGCCUCAUACUCUAACGCGUACAUAAGAUCUCAGAGCAGCAGUAAGAAGAUUAUGUUUGUGGUUCUGGUCUUGGUUGGAGAGUUCACCAAUGGGUGUUGCACAUACCGUCGUCCACCUCAGAAAAGCACCAGCAAGGUCCUCUACGACAGCUGUGUCGACUCAGAAAACAACCCAUCCAUUUUUGUUGUGUUUGAGAAACAGCAGAUUUAUCCUGAAUACCUAAUUGAGUACUCCUAAAAUCCACAGGGGUCCAUACCAAUGUCUUCCACUGAAGACAACUGAUAUUUUGUGACUUGCUAACAGUCCUCACAUGCUCUACCUACUGUAUUUCUGUUAUUUCUGUGUUGAAUUGGGGCUAGUGGUUUAUUGAAUUGGGGCUAGUGGUUUAUUGAAUUGGGGCUAGUUUUGGGGUAUUUUUUUGUUAUUAGUUUGGGCUCUUUUAAUCCAUUUCGCCAGUUCAGUGCUAUAGUGGCAGCUCCCCGCACCAGGCUUCCUGUGCGUGUUCUCGGCCCUUAACCGCCAGCACCACGCACCAGGCCUUCAGUGCGCUUCGCCUGUCCAGCGCUGCCAGAGUCUCCCGCCUGUUUAGCGCUGCCAGAGCCUUCCUUCCUGUAGUUAUUUCCUCCGCAAGGUAAUCAAACAAGCGAAAUGUCGGUAUAGGGACAAAGUGGAGUCGCAAUUCAAUGGCUCAGACACGAGAUGUAUGUGACAGGGUCUAUAGGCAAUCACGGACUACAAAAAGAAAACCAGUCACGUCAUGGACACCGUCUUGCUCCCAAACAAACUAAACACCUUUGCCCGCUUUGAGGAUGAUACCAUGCCACCGACGCGGCCCGCUACCAAGGACUGCGGGCCCACUCUCUCCUUCUCCGUGGCGGAUGUGAGUGAGUAAGACAUUUAAACGUGUUAACCCUUGCAAGGCUGCCAGCCCAGACGGCAUCCCUAGCCGCGUCCUCAGGGCAUGCGGAGACCAGCUUGCUGAUAUGUUUACGGACAUAUUCAAUCUCUCCCUAUACCAGUCUGCUGUUCCCACAUGCUUCAAGAUGGCCACCAUUGUUCCUGUACCCAGAAGGCUCAGCCCCCUCCUGUACUCCCUGUUCACCCAUGACUGCUCGCCUCCAACUCAAUCAAGUUUGCAGACGACAUGACAGUAGUGGGCUUGAUUACCAACAAAUACGAGACAGCCUACAGGGAGGAGGUGAGGGCACUUGGAGUGUGGUGUCAGGAAAGCAACCUCUCACUCAAUGUCAACAUAACAAAGUAGAUGAUCAUGGAUUUCAGGAGACAGCAGAGGGAGCACCCCCUAUCCACAUCAACGGGACAGCAGUGUAGAAAGUGGAACAUUUUAAGUUCCUCUGCGUACUCAUCACUGACAAACUGAAAUGGUCCACCCACACAGACAGUGUGGUGAAGAAGGCGCAACAGCGCCUCUUCAACUUCAGGAGGAUGAAUACAUUUGGCUUGUCACCUAAGACCCUCACAAACUUUUACAGAUGCAUAAUUGAGAGCAUCCUGUUGGGCUGUAUCACCACCACCUUGUAUGGCAACUGCACCGCCCACAAUCGCAUGGCUCUCCAGAGGGUGGUGCGGUCUGCACAACGCAUCACUGGGGGCAAACUACCUGCCCUCCAGUACACCUACAGCACCCGAUGUCACAGGAAGGCCAAAAAGACCAUCAAGGACAACAAUCACCCGUGCCACAGCCUGUUCACCCCACUACCAUCCAGAAGGCAAGGUCAGUAUAGGUGCAUCAAAGCUGGGCCAUCAGACUGUUAAACAGCCAUCAUUAACACAGAGGCUGCUGCCUACAUACAGACUUGAAAUCAUUGGCCUCUUUAAUAAAUGGAUCACUAGUCAUUAAUAAUGCCACUUUAAUGUUUACAUAUCUUGCAUUACUCAUAUGUGUAUAUACUGUAUUUUAUACCAUCUGUUGCAUCUUGCCUAUGCCGCUCGGUCAUCGCUCAUCCAUAUAUUUGUAUGUGUAUAUAUUCUUAUUCCAUCCCUUUAGAUUUGUGUGUAUUAGGUAGUUGUUGUGGAAUUGUUAGAUAUUACUGCACUGUCGAACCUAGAAGCACAAGCAUUUUGCUACACUCGCAAUAACAUCUGCUAACCAUGUGUAUGUGAUCAAUAAAAUUUGAUUUGCAUUCACAGUAAAUGCUGCAUAUGCCGGCUUAAUCGGAAAUGACCUUUUACAUUUAAAUCACACUAUAGCGCUGAACUUCGGCGAUUGGAAUUGAUCCAGCCCUAAGAUGUUUUACUUUCCUUUUCAGUAAGUCAUGCAUAACAUGGCACAACGGUUGCAGAGGAUCGAGCUCUUUUUAUAUAUUUCAUUUUUUUAAGUCGUGUGGCAGUCCCAUUCCUUCCAUAUUUUAUUGGUUGAUGGUACAAUGGUGAGAACACAGGAAAUGAAGGAGAGAGAUGUGAGUCAGAUGGGCACUGGGUCAGAUUUGAACCCAUGCCCACACAGUAUAUGUGUGCCAGGGUCUACGGCCCUGUAACCGCUAGAGCACGGGUAGGUUUUUAUUUAAUUUAAUGGUCAUCGGGUCUUCGAUAUUAAUGUACACAUGGAAAUUCUUACGUCAGAGACAUCAUUGUAUAUUUUGUCUCUCUUAGGUAGGUGAAAGCUACAACUUAUUCCUUGAGGUGGAUAUGUUUUUAAAAAUGUGUACAGUGUCAAACUUAAACGUCUAGUAAUGUGAAAUAUCAACUUCUUAAGCUGAGCACUGAAUACCUCUUGUUACAGUCCUGUUAUGCUCUUUUCUUAUGUACACUAUCAACUUAAUAUUUAUCUUUACAAUGAUCUAAAUUGUUACACUGCAAUAAAAUGUCUCUUUACUCA